AUAGGAAUAUUCAGAAUAGCCGAAAGGAUCGUUUAUCUAUUCAUGGGUUUUACAAGAUUGGUAAAAUCAUCGGUGAUGGUAAUUUUUCAGUUGUCCGGGAAUGCAGGAACAGGUACUCAAGUGAUUACUAUAAAGCAGUGUCAUGCAGUUCUGUCUGUAUGCAUUACUUAAUAACUUAAUUGUUGAAAACCAAACAUAUUGGACAGUUGCUUGUGAUGUUACUCUGAGUGUAUAUCCACACCGGGCAAGCUUGAAAAAUAUGCCUGGCCACGGUGGGAAUCGAACCUACGACCUUUAGAAUACUAGCCCAAUGCUCUGCAAACUGAGUUACGCAUGCAGUCAGGUCGGUUCGAGUAUGUGAUAUUUCGGAACUGAGUCUAGUUCCUUCGAUAUCAAUGCAAUCUAGUAAUCAUGAUUUUUUCUGUGUUGGUGUAAUGUACUCAGGUGAAUAAGAUGCUUGUGAUGUUACCCUGAGUGUAUAUCCACACCAGGCAAGCUGGAAAAAUAUGCUAGUAUUCGAAAGGUCGUAGGUUCAAUUCCCACCGUGGCCAGGCAUAUUUUUCAAGCUUGCCCGGUGUGGAUAUACACUCAAAGUAACAUCACAAGCAUCUUAUUCACCUGAGUACAUUACACCAACACAGAAAAAAUCAUGAUUAUACUAGAUUGCAUUGAUAUCGAAGGAACUAGAUUUAGUUUCGAAAUAUCACAUACUCGGACCGACCUGACCGCGUAGCUCAGUUGGCAGAGCAUUGGGCUAGUGUUCCAAAGGUCGUAGGUUCGAUUCCCACCGUGGACAGGCAUACUUUUCAAGCUUGCUCGGUUUGGAUAUACACUCAGAGUAACAUCACAAGCAUCUUAUUCACCUGAGUACAUUACACCAACACAGAAAAAAUAUUGGACAGUAUUCAAACAAUUAGUGUAUAGGAAAUAACUCGGUGCGAGAAGUAUUAUUGGAAAACCGCACACAUGCUUGACGAAAUAUAUUUAUAAUACAAUGAUAGUACUAAUUUUAUACAAAUAUGCACCUUAAUACUUUAUAUCUUUGAUUGUUAUGUUUAGACGAACUGGUCAAAAAUACGCGCUGAAGAUUGUGAAUAAAGCUAGAGUGAAAGGAAAGGUAUAAACACUUUCUAAUCCUUUUUGUACAGUCAACUGUUCUCAAAAACAGAUUGCAUGGGGAUGUAAAGGAAUCAGGUCCUGAUUAUGUGAUUCACGAUGGGUGCAAUGUACACGCUAUACAUAUAGUAGAAAGAUACCCUAUGGAUAUUCCAUUUGUAGAAUCUGGUGAAUCAUUCCACUCGCCAGAAUAAUUAAAAAAAACAGUAGCUUUCCUCAGUUAUACGGUUAUUGGUGGCCAAGUAAAAGAUUUCUUUCACUUUUUAUUGAAUAUCAUGCAAGCAAAAUCUGAGUCUGUAUGUGGAUAUGUGGACAUUAGGAAUUUUGCUGCUCUUCAUAGUUCAUAACUAUCUCCCGAUAAAAUUAUUUGAUAACGUCAGUGAGAAUUCCAGCUAAAUAAUAUAUACGAAGGUUCCGUCUGUCUGACACUCUACCGGGAGUGAUGAAUGUCAAAGGUUUUGUGGAGGCCGAACUGCGUACCAAGUAAUUGUUACAUCUUGCAGUGUGGGGUCAUUGCAACGCCAGGUUCCGCCGGCUGACCGUAGUUGCUGAUGCUAAGAAAGAAAAUCCCACUUGAUCCCAUUGAUAAUACAUGCAUGUUUCAGUAAGUAUAGUAUUUUUGGCUCUUUUGCUAGGAGUACUUUGUCGAGAACGAAACAGCCAUUCUUCGUCGCAUUUCCCAUCCGAAUAUUGUCCAGUUAUUUGAAGAGUAUGAAUCUGCCAAGGAAAUUUUUCUUGUGUUAGAAUUGGUCCAGGUAUGGUAA